UAUCAUGUAUAAUUAUAUGUGUCCGAACUCAUGUAUUCAUACAUGUGCAAAUAUAUCAAUAUUUACCAUGAAAUCAUGUAGGGUAAACUGACUACACAUAAAUCUGCUGCAGAUAUUCUCAAGAAAUAACAAAUAUGUCUAAUUUUCUGGGAAAAUGGAAAGGAGAUGGAAGUUCGUUCGUAAAUUUUGAAGCAUUCGCCAAGGCGUCAGGUCUACCUGACGAAGUAUACGAACAACUAAAACAAGGCACGUAUUCUUUAGAAUUUAGUAGGAAUGGUGAUACCUGGUCGUAUGAAGUUGUAUCAUCUAUUUUACCAACAAAGACAUACACGUUUCAGCCUGGAAUAGAAGUUUCCACUACAGAUCUGUUUGGAAAAGCCUCAAAGUUCACUGCUGUGUUUGACUCAGACAGUAAAAUGACCUUGCAAGAACAGGCUGAGAUGAUGGACUGGAAGAACAUUACAGUAACCAGGGAGAUAAAAGAGGAUGUGAUGCUGAUGGAUGUAGAACUGGAAAACGGAGUAAAGAUGUCACAAGAAUUCACACGAUGCUAGCAUUUAUAUACAAAGAACAAACCUAAGAUUCAGAGACUUGAUUGUUGUAAAGUUUUAGAGAGGAAGUUUAUGUUGAUACACAGAUUGAUUGACGGACAAAGAAGAAAUCAAUUGCUAUACUAGUAUUUUUCAAACUGCAAGCUAUCAUAUCAAACGUUUCUGUCAAAUUUUUUUUUUCAUUCUUAAUUUUUAAUGCUGAUAUAGUAACACAAAUUUUAAUGAUUCUUUGGUAUAUGUAUUCCUUUUAAGUUUAUAUCGUGCUCAUCUUUACUGGAAAUAUAACUUCAGAUGACACUUGACGUAUUUAAAUGACUUCAUUCCAUAAACGAUCAGAGGAUAGGGCAUAAAUAACUGGUGAAGGUUAACCUGUACGAUGUGUCAGUGGUCUCAAAUCUCUGGCGACACGUUUUCGUAGUAUAUCUUUUAAGUAAGUAGUUGUCUGAUUUGUAUAUUUAAGUGAUCGUGUUAUUUUCCUGAUAGCUUAAAGUAACAGUAGUAUACCGCUAUUCAAAAGUCGAAAGAUCGAUUGAGAGAAAAUAAUGCUGGGCACCAAACUAAAACCGAAGGAAACACAUGAACUAUAUGAGGAAACAAACGGCACAAUCGAAAUCUGAAUUUCAACAAACGCCAACAUACAUAGUGUGAAGUCGUCUUUCUGUGUUAAUAUUGAUGAAAAGAUCUUUAGUUUAAACAUAUUUAUUUCUAGUGGAUUGGGAAACAAGUUUAACAACUUAUAUUAAUCCCUUUCCACUUUGCGGGUGCGAGUGCUGCCUUGUAGCGGCAUUAGCCUUCUCUUUUUCGAAAUCUACUAGGGUGACUUUAACGUGCAAGAGAUAUGGCUCUCUCUUAACACAGGUCAGCAAUUUAUAGUCCCCUUCCGACGGACAAUCAUCGUUUCCUCAAGACCUUACUCGCAAAUGGUGUCAAGGGAGAGCCGAAAAUUGAGUUGCUGAAAUUCUCAUCUCAAGACGGGAAUCGAACCAGGAACCUUUGUGUUAGUAGUCCGAUGCACUAACCACUAUUUCACGACUCUCUUCCAGUCCGUCUUUGGUAUCAGUAGUAUCCUUAGUUACACAUUCAUUAAGUCAAAUGAGAUUCCGACUGAAAUACGGGUUAUUUAGUGAUAGGACAUAACAUUAAAAAAAAUUGCAAGGUGUAUUGUAAAUAUGACUAUAGCAGAAUACGCAUAUAUGGUCUUCACCUUCUUACUUUAUUUGGACUUUAUACUUUUUUCUAUUCGAGCUAAAUGCAAUCCUGGUACCUAUAAUGAGUUCAUUUACCUGUGGUUUCCCGGUUUCCAUUCUUUCAAAGACCAUGCUGUUACAACAGUUUUGUUUCAAUCUCCUUGAUUUGUAUUUUUCCUUCUAUUUACGAUAUUUGAAAAUUGUAUAUCAAUCCAGCAUCAAUUACAUUUAGCGUAUAAAAGUCCAUAACACAUGAAAACAUCAAACUAUUGACGUUUCCUUACCCAACGAAACGUCUAAGAAAUAACUGUCAUAUCCCUGACUCAAUACGACAAAAAUGAAACAUGCAGUUGAAACCUGCUUUUCUAGCUAGCAAAACCUGCCACUAGUAUGAUGGUUGUUGAUAUUUAAGUUAUGUUAGCAAAAUUAAUUUAGACGCUAAAAAUGUAUUUAUUAACAUAUGUCACUGAUGUACAACACAACAGACUAAAACAAUUAUACGUCAAUUAAAUCUAUUAAAGACGCCAACAAAACAAUAGAUGAUAGUACAGUAAAGUAACAUGAUACAUUCAAAUACUUUCCAAAUAAGGUACACAUUAAUUAAAAUAAAAAUACAAGGGUAUGCAAAAUGAAACUAAAAUCAUAAUAAACAACUCAAAAAACGCGUUACAAUAUCUCCGACCUUACCGGCUUACAUUACACAUGUUACAGAACAUUUUAUAUUUUUAGUUUUAUAUUUUACACGACAUGUAGUUUUAAUCCGCGAUCAUAUCUAUUUUUACAAUUAGUCUGUCAAUUCAUAAAUUUGCACACAAUUUAUAGUUUAACAUGAAUCUCAAGUAUGUGUAUAACUUGUAAUCAUCAACAACACAAGCACCACGUAGACAGGUUAAGGUCAUAUUAUUGUAUUUUGUAUUGACAUCGGGUUUUUUAAACAUCAACAUGGCGAAAUUUAUUGGAAAAUGGAAAGGUGAAAGUAGUGCAUUCAAAAAUUACGAUAAUUUUUCAAAGGCAUCAGGCAUGCCUGAUGAAAUGAUUGAAAAAUUAAGAAAUUCUACAAUUUAUGUUGAAUUCAAGCAGAAUGGUGAUGUUUGGACAUUGGACUUCGGUAGUAAUGUUGGACCAGACAAAUCAUAUAAGUUCAAGUCAGGAGAAGAAGUUACAACAACUGACCCUUGGGGAAAAGGAUUGAAGUUUACAUUUACAAUUGAUUCGGAUGAAAAGAUUACUCAAGUAGAACAGUCGGAAUCGAUGGGUUGGAAAACGUUUACUGUCAAUAAAGAAAUGCAGGGAGACGACAAGUUUUCUGAGAGAUUAACGCUUGAAGACGGUACUGAAAUGACAUGCGAGUUUACCAGAAUUUCGUAAGCAGAUGGAACCAGUUAUAGUGUGUCACCAGAGGAUAAAUGCAAUAGACAUUUUUAGGAAUCCGAAAUUCCUUAUGUACUAUUUGCGUUAUUUAACCACUAUUAAUAAAAUUUUAAAUUC